GACACAAAGACAACAAUACUGUGUAAAAUCUACGCGGGUUAGAGGUAGUGUGGGAAGGGUCUGCUAAGCUUUUUCUUCACCCUGAUGCUUUUAUUCAUUUAAAUUUGAUCCAGUACCGUUGCACGCGGUUGACAAAUAGCCUAUUACAUGAUUCGAGUGUUUAUCCUUUAACUGUUUGCUCGACAAAAUGACAGACCACACUAGACUUAAAAGCGAUAUAGUUGAAAAACUUCUGGGUUACUUUUAAUGGUUUUGUUCAAAAUGCAAGAAAACCAGAAACUCUGAACCCCAAAUAAAACAAUUAGGCUAUCAUAGCUCCACUGUCCAACAGUGAGGAAAAAACGUAACCAGGCUACAUCCAACAUACGCCAUAUCUGGUGCAUAGUGGUACAGUAAGGUGAUACAAUUUAUAUUAUGUAAAUUUAAAUAUUACAAAACCGCCUCGUAUUAACAAAUUAGGGUAUUUAUUUGCCGAUACCGAGCCGCCCCCUCUUCCCCGCUGGUAAGGAAAACGGGACAGCACACUAGCUGCAUGAGUAGGAUGUCGUCAUCACGUACGAAGUCUUGUCCACCUCGCGACAGUGACGACACAGCUCCCGGAAGAGGGUUUCGGGCAUGAGUGUGUUGCUGGUUGAGGCCUUCUACGGAGGCUCUCACAAACAGCUGAUUGACCUUCUCCAGGAGGACCUGGAGGACUGCGUCACCUACACACUGCCAGCCAAGAAAUGGCACUGGAGAGCCAGAACGGCGGCCAUAUAUUUCAUGCAGACCAUUCCAGCCAGUUCCUCCUACAGAGUGCUGUUGGCCAGCUCGGUGCUCAACCUGGCGGAACUGGCCGCCCUCCGACCCGACCUGGCCCGGCUGAAGAAGGUCCUGUACUUCCACGAGAACCAACUGAUCUACCCGGUCCGGAAGAGCCAGGAACGGGACUUCCAGUACGGAUACAACCAGGUCCUCUCAUGCUUGGUGGCAGAUGUAGUGGUGUUUAACUCUGCUUUCAACAUGGAGUCCUUUCUCACGUCCAUAUCUGCUUUCAUGAAGCUGAUUCCUGACCACAGACCUAGAGCUCUGGAAGCGCUCAUCAGACCCAAGUGCCAAGUGCUCUACUUUCCUAUCGAAUUUCCCCAUGUCAAAAGGUUUUUCCCGGCACACAAGGAAGAGGUGUACGCUGCGGAAAAGGGAGAAUCCCUGGCCAUACCGAACCAGGCCAGUCCCCGGAGCUGCACCGAGGGGACACAGCCGACCCCAAAACAUCUCUCGGGAUCCCCUGCGGGACCCCAGGAGGAGACCCAUGACCUGAGCCAGCAGGGGGCGGCGCAGUAUGGAGACCCUGGGGAAGGGAUUCCUUGCCAGGAGGACGAUGAUGAGCUAACUGAACUGAAACCCUGCAAAGUGGAAAAGGACUCUGAUGGAAGCCCUGAUCAGCAGAGACCCCUGCACAUCGUUUGGCCCCAUAGGUGGGAACACGACAAAGACCCGGAGGUCUUCUUCAAGACGUUACUGAAGCUGAAAGAGAAGGGACUGCGCUUUCAAGUGUCCGUCCUUGGCGAGACCUUUACCGAGGUGCCAGAUGUAUUUGCCGAAGCCAGAGAGAAGUUGGAUGCCUGCGUUUCUCAUUGGGGCUAUGCACCUAGCAAAGAAGACUACUUCAGGGUGCUUUGCCAAGCAGACGUUGUCGUUUCCACAGCCAAGCACGAGUUUUUUGGAGUGGCAAUGCUAGAAGCUGUCCAUUGUGGCUGCUAUCCACUGUGCCCGAAGGCUUUGGUGUAUCCUGAAAUAUUUCCUGCUGAAUAUCUUUACUCGACACCUGAACAGCUCUCUAAGAGACUGCAGGCUUUUUGCAGGAGGCCCGAAGUCGCAAGAAGACAUCAUGUUAAGGUUGACACAUCUGCUUUUUCCUGGGCUGUUCUGAGGAAGAAGUUCAGGUCCCUCCUGGAUGCCGAAACCACCGGAGUUCAGUGACAGAUGCGGCGGAGUCACGGGCUCACAGCCCGAGGCGGGAUCCAGGUCCGGAACCUUCCAGAGCCUGUCGAUACUCACCUGAUCAGAGAGGAGCAGGGCAGGGCGGGGCAGGCUAGAGCGCUGGAAGGGGUGGGGGGGAUGUGGGGGGGGGGGGGUUCUACUAGCCCAGCCCGACUGCCUGUCACAGCUGACACCGAGCCAUCUGCCCAAAACCUGUGGCGCCCUCAGAUCUCCCCUCCCUGUGGCGCCCACCCCCGCCCCGAAAUUAAACCCAGACUUGUGCGCACGUUUCCAUGGCUGCGCAUGUCCCCGAAUUCCCAGACAGGAGACCUGUUUUUUUCAUAUAAACUUUCUUUUAAAAGUGUAUUUAUUUUGUACCUAGCAAAAAAAACAAAAAAACAAAAAUGAAACAUAAAACGCAUGACCGCGGUCGUGCAUCCCACACGUGUGGUGCCACGUUCCCAGUUUAUGGUCAGGUCUCUUUUUGUCGUCCGCGCCGGAAUUCUCCUCUUCCCUCUCCCGGCUCCCGCUGAGGCCGAGAUCGGGCACUCCAGGCACUCCCGGCGCUCCUGCGCUCAAGUGCGGCGCGGCACCAGAUUGCCAGGUCGCCAUGGCGCCCUCAAAUUCGCAAAGGGGCCUACGGGUGGCCCCUCAUGCCCUCUCGAGGAAAUUUGGCACCUGUCCACCAAUCACGGUUUCGGCAGCGGGAGCACUUGCGUUCGCCGAUUGCCCUCUUUAGCCAAUGAGUGGCUGUGGAAAAGGGGGGUGGGGAUGGGGGUGGGGGGUGGGGCUUUUCAGCUCAGGCAUUAAUAAUGAGUGCUCUGGCAAAAAAGGGGGAGGGGUUAAGGUAUGAAUAAUGAGGGCUCUGUCAGGUAUUCCCCGGGUUUGCGGUGUAACAUUUGCAUUUAAUUAAUCUUGAAGAAAGCGGCAAGACAAACAGCUGUGAUUCAGAUCCGCACUGGGAAUACGCAGCGCAGGGCCUGCACGCUGAUGAAAUCAGAGCCAACAUGUUUGUUCAUGUUUGUUACCCCCCCCCCCCCCCACAUACUGUUGGGUAUGCUAAAAACAGUCACCCCAACAAGCAAGUAAUGAUUCAUAAUUUAUUUACCAUUAACACCGUGAGGCCCUUUCAUGGAAGUGAAAGGAUUAAUGAAGUAGCAUAAUUAUAAUCUUAGAAUUAAAUACAUGCUUCAUGAGGUAAUUCGGGCUGUGAAAGUAAAUUACCGCGCGGAAUUUCAUUUAACGUACACGCCGCGGCGGCCGUGACAGAAGGCGCAGGCUACAACAUUUGACUACACCCCAUUUGUUACCUUACUGUUUGUUGUUUUUCCGGCGGGACGGGGGAGAAGCGCAGUUGAUUUCCAUUUUGUCUCAGGCUGGGCUCCAUUUUGCCUGUCUGUGACAGCUUUUCUGAAGUUCACAUUGAGUUCCCGAAAUGUCAUCAUAUUCGCAGAACUGAAUUAGUGUUACCGUCUUCUUGAUGUAGUGUUUUUACUAGGAUUCAGCAAAUAAACAACAAACCUGUGCACUGUUUAUUAAAUGUUUAUUUUUGCAGGAAA